AUGUCGAACCGCACCAGUCUAGCCUCGUUGAACUGGCUACACACAAUAGCUCUUGUCAUGCUCCCCUUGGGAGCCUUGAUGAUUCUACCCUGGAUCCAUGCUCACAGAGCUACUAUAUGGUUUAUGCUCGGUUAUGGAUAUCUACGAGGCUUUGCCAUAACGGCUGGCUACCACCGCUUGUGGGCACACAGAGCUUAUACAGCUAGAACUCCAUUGAAGCUAGCUCUUGCGAUACUUGGUGCCGGUGCGGCGCAAGACAGUAUCAAAAAGUGGUGUCGCGACCAUCGAGCUCAUCAUCGCUACGUGGAUACGGAUAAAGAUCCAUAUAACAUACAGAAAGGAUUUUUUUAUGCGCACAUGGGUUGGAUCUUGUUUGAAGAGGGUCAUGGUGUCCAAACCACAGGCCGCGUGGACAUUAGUGACCUGAAAUCUGACCCAAUUGUGCAAUGGCAAAGCCGAAAUCAUCUGUUCUUGGCAUUACUUGUGGGUUAUGUUGCUCCUACAGUGAUAUGCGGCCUAUGCUUUGAAGACUUCCUUGGGGGUUUUGUUUUCGCAGGCUGCUUAGGGACAGCUCUACAACAACAAGUCGCAUUCUGCGUAAACUCUGUCGCACAUUGGGCAGGGACUCAACCUUAUGGAGCCGGCAAGACUCCACGGGAUCACGUCUUGACCGGAAUAUUAACCUUGGGUGAGGGAUAUCAUAAUUUUCAUCACGAGUUCCCGAUAGACUAUCGGAAUGGUGUUCGAUGGCAUGAUUUUGAUCCAACCAAAUGGGUGAUAUGGAUAUGUUAUCAAAUCGGGCUUGUCACUAAUCUCAGACGUUUCCCCCAAAACGAGAUCGAGAAAGGGAGGCUACAGCAAAGGCGAGCAAAAUUGGACAAGGAAUAUGAGACGGUUGACUGGGGUGUGCCGCUUGCGGAGCUGCCGGUUAUGAAGUGGGAGGAGUACAAGCAACAAGCAAGAACGGGAUGCAAUCUGAUUGUUAUCGGGGCAGCCGUGCAUGAUGUUUCAGCUUUUGUUACAGAGCAUCCAGGAGGCCCAGCAAUGAUUACGGGGGCGAUAGGGAAGGAUGCAACAGAGAUGUUUGGAGGGGGUAUGUAUCGUCAUUCUAAUGCAGCCUCCAACCUUCUACAUAGAAUGAGGAUAGCUAGAAUCGAGAAAAAAGUCAACCUGGCCUCAGGGGAAGACUGA